GAAAGAUUUCUCCAAUGAAAACUAAAUUUACUUUUGAGUUGAUUUCUGAUAUGGUUAUUAAGUGUUAACUAUCUCACAAAGUCACUUCUCUUAUUAAAAAAAUUGGAAUCAAGAAGAAAGACGACUUUGUGUAACAGUCUGUGUUGUUUGAUGGAUUGUUGUCUUCAUGUUAUUCUCCUAUUCUCCCUCUGUUUCAUUGCCGUUUUUCCUCACCUGUCUCAUUCUUCACGUCAAUCAUCCUUGUGGAAUGGCAAUAAAGAAAUGUACUGAUCCUAUCUCCAGUUUCCCUCUUCCUCUUUUACUGGUUACAGCUUUGAUGAAUGCUUUUUUUUUCUUUCAGAAAAACGUCGAUUUUGAAAUUGACGACUAAUUCCUUGUCGACUCCAAUUGAUCCAACACGGGUUACACAAAUUUCAUGGCACCCCAGAGUUUUUAUAUAUAGGAAUUUUUUGACAAAUGAAGAGUGUGAUCAUUUCAUCUCUCUGGCUAAAGAUAGUCUGGAGAAAUCCAUGGUAACUGACCUUGAAACAGGGGAGAGCAUAGAGAGUGAAUAUCGGACAAGUACUGGCGCGUUUCUCAACAAAGCUCAGGAUGAAGUUGUUGCUAAUGUGGAAGCCAGAAUAGCUGCCUGGACAUUUCUCCCUGAAGAGAAUGGAGAACCAAUGCAGAUAUUGCAUUAUGAACACGGGCAAAAAUACGAGCCACAUUUUGAUUUUUUUAUGGACAAAGUUAAUCAAGAGAUAGGCGGUCAUCGUGUAGCUACUGUCCUUAUGUAUUUAUCAGAUGUUGAUAAGGGUGGCGAAACAGUUUUUCCUAGAUCAGAGGUAAUUCCAAUUUUGUAUGAUUUUCCUCCAAAGGGUGAUGACUGGUCUAAUUGUGCUAAAGAUGGCUAUGCAGUAAAACCAAAGAAGGGCGAUGCGUUGUUGUUUUUCAGUCUACAUAUUAAUGCAACAACUGAUCGUUUGAGCUUGCACGGAAGUUGCCCAGUGAUUGAAGGUGAGAAGUGGUCUGCUACAAAGUGGAUUCAUGUUAGGUCCUAUGACAGUAUUCCAUCAGCUGAGAAGUGUAUCGAUAUGUAUCCUGAAUGCUCCAGUUGGGCUGCUUCUGGUGAAUGUGAUAAAAAUCCUUCAUACAUGGUUGGCACUGAAGAAUAUGUAGGUCAUUGUAGGAAGAGCUGUCAUGUUUGUUCAUGAUAGAAAAUUAUAAA